AUGGAGAAUCCGCGGGUCCCUGAAACGAUUUCAUCACCUUCAGUGGACCCCCAUCCAAUUCCUUUGACAGUCUCUCAGAUUGAUUUGCUGAAGAUCAUAUCUCAACAACAAGAAGCCGCUGAGCGUCAACAACAGCAACUUCUUCAGCUGCUUCUUGAUCAACAAGAGCAGCGAAAAAGAGAACAAGAACAACGAGAAAGGAAAAUUGCCUUUCAGUUGGAGCAGCGCAGGCCUAGUAGAGAAGCACAAGAACGAUCCGAAACCAGUCCGCACGAACUGUUCCGGACGACUGUGGCAGCUCUUCAGGCUGUUCAUCGGGUGAAUGGCUCAGGAGAACCGGCUGUCACCCCACGAGGUUCCAGAGUCGUUACUACGCUUCCCUCUCCUGUUCCCUCUCCUGUUCCCGUUCCCGCUGUUCGACAGGUCUAA